GGGGAGGAAGCGCCGUCAUAUUUCUCCUUCGCCAACUCCGCUGCAUUGACGCAACCGCAAGGAAGUAGAAAUCAGAGGAACAAAGAGCUUCUGACCACGAAGAAAAUCACGAUUUUGAAGCGAACCAAGAGAACGAAUUCAUCUGCAGCAGGAGACAACAGCUCACGUACUACAGGGUCCUCUACUACACCAGCAGCUCCAGCUGCAGGAGAUCAACAUGAUAAUAAGCUUACAGAGUCCUCUACUUCUACUCCGCCUUCCUUCUACACUGCGACGGAGUACCAAUCCGUUUUCGACGAGAACGAGAACUACUCGCCGCCCUUCCUGCCAAAACUCGAUCCCCGGAACAUUUUUGACAGUGACUGCGAGCGGUACUCGGAGCUUUUGCACGGGGAAAUCCUGGCGCAUUUCGGCUUGAGUGGAUUGGGCAGCGACAGGUCACUCGCACUGCUGGACUUGGUGGCCGCUUUUGAUAGUGCAGCUGGUGAUGUCCUCGACGGCCG